AGCGGCACAUUUCGUCUUAUCAUUGGCCAACCCUUCCUCUGAGAACCUAACGGUAAGUCCACCCCUUCCCCGUCGAACGGUCAGCUGAUUUACCUUCGUUUAUUCUCUCUCUUUCGAUAGAAUUAGGGCAGGCCUAAGGAAGGAAUGGAGCGAGAGCGAAAAGAAAAGAAAAAAAAAAAAAAAAAAGGCAAUAAACGAAAACAAAACAAAACCGUUGGUCGCGCAGAAAAUGGGCUUUCUAAUAACGUGGGCCAGUUUUUGACUUUGAAAGCGGCAAGCAUGCAGUGUUGAUGAAGUCUUGCCCAGCAGAGGAAUUUUCUUCGGACUUUUUCAACUGGGGUUCUUUUUUGUGCGUUUGUUUUAAGCCGUAAACUGUACCAUUCUUGAUGUGCCGGACGGAACUGUAAUCCUUUGUUUUUUCCGUCCUUGUGAAUUGAAAUCCUUCUUACAUGCGCAAAAAUUUGAAAGGAUUCAGCUGAACUCUUUUUUCGACUUCUUUGACUCUCCAAAGCCUUUAGGUCUUUAAAAAAAAAAAAAAAAAAAAAAAAAAAAAGACUUUUUUUGUUUAGCGAUUUUUUUAUUUUAAAAGCAUCGAAAGUGGUAGUGGUGUCAAAUGCUGUAUUGGAUGGUCAUGAUUGCUACUGAUUCGUUAUACAUGGUAUAAUGACUUUGCAAAAGAAAAAUUCUUGUAAACAGUGAUUUGGAAGGAGGUUGAUCUACGUUUAACCUUCACUGCCUUGAAAAAGAAAUCGCAUUAAUUAUAUAAUUAGCAAUUAAUUAGUUAAUUAUUAAGCAUAUCCAGACUUUUCCGUCAGCUGUCUAAAAGCAUAUUCAUAGGCUGACGUUCCUAUUAUAUAUCUUGUGAUAAAUCACAAAUUUUAAUACUGGUAUCUUCGAUUAGAGAUUUACAGAAAGUAUUUUAAAAUUUUUUCGAGUCUUGUAUUUGCUUCUUGUCUCAAGCAGGAUUUAAAAGAUUUUAUUGAUUUAUCGAAUUAUAAAAUUAAAUUAAUUUUAACAGUUUAUAUCUGGAGGUUAGACCUGUUUCUGUCAUCUGCAUUUUACAUUGAACAGUAGUCUUACUAUCUACGAAGAUUUAUAAAGACGAAGAGAGCUCAAUCAGCGGCUUCGCUGUGGUAUUUUCUGAGACAUGUAGUGUGCUAUGAAUUAUGCAGGCCGGGAAGUUUUAAAUGGUAUAGAUAACGAGGCUUUGGAUUUUAGUGAACUAGAAGAUUACUUGAAUAGCGAUGGUGACAAAAGUAACGAGUACUUUCAAGAUGAACUGGUCAACAAUGAUUUAAAGAUAUGUGAUUUGUUGCCCAAAUCGCAGCGUCCGAUUGUACCCCAUAGUCCAAGUACACCCCACAGCGUUACCAAUCACACAAUAAUUGGAAAAUCUCUCUCACCUGCAUUACAUCACGUAGAAUCAUCAAAGAACCUCUCUCAUCAUAUCGUUGAGCCCAUUACACUUACUAAUCAUUCUCUAAAUAAAAGUAUAAAGAAUAUUAAUGUAAACCUUCCAGAAAGUCCACCUGAUUCAGGAUCGGAACCUCCCUUGUCACCUGCACAAUCAGAAAUUUGCUUGCAUGGCAACGAAGAUAUUACAGUUUCUGAAAAAAUGAUGCAACCUUCAGGAGACUUGAAACAGUAUAUGAGUUAUAAUAACACACAACCAUUAAAGCAUUUAUCAGAAACAUCAUUAUCCUUAAGCCAGUCACUGCAGCUGUCUAAUCCACCACAAGCAGUGCAGGCACCUAUACCUCCUCAUUCAACUGUAUCUCAAACUCUAUCUGCUGUGCCAAGCCAAAGUGCAUCAGUUGGAUCUGUUCUUACUCACCUGCAGCACCAUAUUCCGACUUCACUCACAUCAGGGCUUGGUUUACAACCACAGACACUUGGGCCACCAGCUCCCCAUUUAAGUUCACUAUAUGAUAGCAAUGAAGAUUUUCUGUGUGAUAACUUGGAGAGCAACAACACUAACCACAAAAAGCGUAAGCUCACGGAAAAUCACAAAAAUGUGGUUAAUAACAACAUGCUCAAUGGGAUGAUGAAUGUUAAACAAGAAGCAGGUGGAAUCUCACCUGAACCGCAUACAAAUACCCCUGUUCUUUCAACUACUGAUGAUGAAUAUAGUUUUGAUUUUAGUGGACCUGAUGGAUCUGGGAUGUUUCUAGAAUCUGCAUAUCAGUGUAUUAGAUUUCAGCCAUUUCAACAAAAUACAUGGGCUAUACUUUGUGAUCACACAUUAAAAGAAUUACCACCUCCAAACUACAGGGUUGAUGCUGAUAAAGGAUUCAAUUUCAGUAAUGCUGAUGAUGCUUUUGUUUGUCAGAAAAAGAAUCAUUUCCAAGUUACUGUUCAUAUUCAACCUAUUGGUGAACCUCACUAUGUGAAGACACCUGAUGGAGUGAAAAAAAUUGAUCAUUUCUACCUGCAUUUUAAUGGCGUCAAGGUUGAGUCUCCAAGUCAAACAAUCAAAGUUGAACAAUCACAGUCUGAUAGAAGUAAAAAACCUUUUCAUCCUGUUCCUUUGGAACUGACUCCUGACCAAGUAACCAAGACUACAGUUGGACGUUUACAUUUCAGUGAAACAACUUCCAAUAAUAUGAGAAAAAAAGGCAAACCAAAUCCUGAUCAGAGGUAUUUCUAUCUUGUAGUCAGCUUAUGUGUUGCUUCAGGAGAUUCAAAUUAUACUGUAAUUGCUCAUGCAUCAGAAAGGAUCAUAGUCAGGGCAUCAAAUCCUGGACAGUUUGAAAAUGACAUGGAAUUGUCAUGGCAAAGGGGACAGCUAGCAGAUUCAAUCUAUCAUGCUGGUCGUGUGGGCAUCAAUACUGACAGACCAGAUGAAGCACUUGUUGUUCAUGGUAAUAUGAAAGUUACAGGCCAUAUAGUUCAACCUUCAGAUGCUCGAGCCAAAACAAAUAUUGAAGAGGUGGAUACUAAAGAGCAGUUAAAAAAUGUGGCAAAUAUGAGGAUUGUACGGUAUCAGUACCUUCCAGAAUUUGCAAAACAUAUUGGUUUGGGUGAAGAAAACUCCACAAGUACAGGUAUCAUUGCUCAGGAAGUUCAGACACUUAUACCAGAUGCAGUACAAGGUGCAGGAGAUAUUCUCCUCCCAAAUGGACAACACAUAGAAAAUUUUCUUGUUGUGAAUAAGGAACGCAUUUUCAUGGAAAAUGUUGGGGCAGUCAAAGAGCUUUGCAAAGUUACAGAUAAUUUAGAAACACGUAUUGAUGAGCUAGAAAAAGUUAAUAAAAAACUGAGCAAAAUUAAAAGGAUAGAUAGCUUGAAAUCAACAUCCAGUGGCAGUACAGUAACUAGUCAUAUGAGUACCCUCAAUUCAUCAAAAAGAACCUCUCGACAUCCUUACCAGUACAAGCAUACUGCAGUGAAAAAUAUUUGUGCUGAAGAUGACCAUUAUUGCACAAAUCACUUCUUGCAAGGAAUAAUAGUCAUUUUAAUCCUUAUCAUGGCCAUCUGUUUGGCAGCUAUGGCAUCACUGUAUGUUUUAGAAUACAGAAAUCGACAUGUUCCUGUUCUACCUUUAGAUAUCAAUGAGAGAGCUUUGCUCAAUAUGACUAGCACAAAAGAACCAUCUCUUCAAUCAUUCUUAGAAUUUGACAAGACAUACUCAAGCUUUGAAAAUUCUAUUGCUGUUCAAGAAAAUAAGAAAGAUAACAACCGAUCUAAUCAACGAAUGAGCAAUGCAGGUUCAAAUAGUGUUACUCAGUCUCAAGAAACUACUGCCAUGUCACAUUCAUAUCGUAGUCUUCCUACAUCUAUUCCUAUACUGAAACCCAGAGUUAUUGGUACUCCAGCUACUUGUCGAAAUACUCGACAGCAAUAUUCAGAGUGUUCUAUGUACUGUUGUUCUCCAUCUGUCAGCCAAAGAAGAGCUAUGGUUCAAAUUAAUGAAGAAAUCUUACAUGCAAGACAUACUUAUGAUGAAAAAUCACAAGUACCUUUUCAUUCAAUAAAUCUCAGUGAAUCUCAUGUUUAUAGUGAGUUAGAGAAGGAUACAUAUAAUGCAAAUGUUGAAAGUUCUAGUGAUUUCUCAGCAACUGGUACAGAAAGUACAAGUUCACCAUAUGAGCCUACAACUGCUGUUUCAUAUUCAUCUGCUUUUUCUGCAGAAAAAGCAGAAGAACAUUCUGUUCAUCAAAAUCAAUUAAAACCUAGUCGGGAUAUGAUGAUGGCUUCAAGAGGGAAAAGUUUGAAUGAUAAAAACUCAACAGAAGAAAAUAGCAGUGUUGAUAAUGAAAAAGUUCCCAUAUCAAAUCAGUUUGAUCAAAAAAUAAAGAACAUUUUCAAAAAUGAUAAAGUGUCUAUGGUAACUGCUGAUUCGGGUAAAAGGACACGGAGGGGCACUAAACCAUUUGCAAGAAAAGAUUUACCCAAAUCAAUAGAAUAUUUAAGGCUGUUGGAAUUGAAUACUACAAUUGGAUUUGAGUACUGUAACACUUUACAGUGUGCUCUUCGUACUGGUCCUCGCUUCAGUUACCUUAUACCUGUGUCUAAAUAUAUGGUGGAAGAAUACCUCACACUUCAAUUUAACCUUGCUGUGCCUCUAAUUGUGGAUCAUUGCCAGCCAGAUACAAAGCCUGUUGGGUGCCCAGUACCUCAAAAUGGUGCUGGUGAUUUACCACAUGAUUAUAUCAGGGAACAAAAUCUGACAGAGGAAGUGGAUCCAAGCUGGAGAUUACCAGUAGGUCUAUAUCUACAUAGUACAUACAGAUUCAGAGUUCAAGCACGAGCUGUUCAAGGUUCAGAUACGCCUUGUUCGUUACCUGCUACUGAGCUAGGUCACUCCUUCAUUGAAUUUAUCCUUGUUUUUCAAAGGGCAUGUGACAAAUAAAAAUGAAAAAUUUGUAAUUACCAACUUUUAAAAAUGCAAAGUCACAGAUCAAACUAAAUGUGCUGAUAACACAAAUUCAGUAGAUAAUUAAAUUUCUACUGUGAAUGUGCCAUUUUAUCCAUCUUGAAAGAUUACCAGAAGACUUGGACUUACAUACUAAUCUGGGAUCUACUGAAAGAGCAGGACUUUUUUUAUAUAAUGUUGUAUCAAAAUGAAUUAUAUUUUUGUGUGGAGGACUAUUUUUCCACCUAAGUUCAGUACAGCUAGCUAUCCAUCAUUUUAUUAUUCAUAAUUUUCAUCACACAGAAGUAUUGUUUGUUUCCAAGUGAAGUGCAAAAACCUUUGUGAUACAUUCCAUUUGUCCUAUCAUUGUGAAUACUUCAUUGUUUUAUUUGUUUAUUAUUGUUUCAAGGUCUACUUUUCUGGGGGUAAUUUUUUUUUCUCUUUGUUUUGUUUUACCUUAGUUGUACAAUAUUCAUAUGUGAUAAAUGUCAACAAAUAUAUAUAUAACACAUAUCCUGAAAGAAUUUUAUAGUGAUAAUCAAAUUAUUUUUCUGUGUUUGUUUUGUGUGACCUUUCUUAACUGAUAGAUAUAAGUUUUUAAAUAUGUAAAGAAAUCUCUAAUAUAUAUGUAUGAUCAUUUAUUUAAUGGUUUAAAUCAAAAUUGUUACUAAACUGAGGAAGAAGUACUGUGUAUUUUUAAGAUGCAAUAUAUCUACUUUUUAUAGCUGUUUAUUAUUAUUUAUAUACUGUUUAAUAACAUGCAUUUUAAGAAUUUUUUUAAAUGAGUUAAGUUAUUUAUCAUUUUUGAAUAAUGCAGUAUUUUACUCAAUUUCAGUUUUAUGUCAUUUUGGGAGGUAUAGAAAGAUGGUGACAAAAUUUUUCAGUGGCUUAGAAUUGUUUUUCAUAAAACAUAGUUAACUUAUUUUGUAAUAGCAGUAACAGGGUGAAUGAAAAGUUCCUGAACUAUGAAUUUAUUUAAACUGAAUAAACAAUGCAAAUGUUUUGCAGAGUGGUGGUGCAAUAUGAUUCAUGUUUGAAUAUUCAGAGUGAAGUUGAAUAUUUUAAUUGUGACAAUGAUGCACAUAUGAUGUUGUCUUGCACCAUAUAAAUUCUGCAAAGAUCUCACAAAUGCUUACCUUAUUC